GUCCUGGUAACGUUCUCAGCUUACGCCCUCUAGAACAUUGAGCUGUUCUUCUGUCUCUACGCCAAUGCCUGGGACAACCCGACGCAGUGCAAUUCGAGCCACUCGCGGUUGCUCGGCUUCCUGGGCGCGCUGCCCCCCAUCUGGCGCUUCUUGCAAUGCCUGCGCCGUUACAGGGACACGAGGAACAUCUUCCCGCAUCUGGUGAACGGCGGCAAGUACACAAUGUCCAUCCUGGCCGCCAUGUCGCUCUCCAUCUACCGCAUCAACAACACGCACGGUAACCUGGCAAUGUUUAUUACCUUUGCCGCCAUCAAUGCCAUAUACACCUCCAUCUGGGACCUGUUCAUGGACUUCUCUCUCCUCCAGCCGCACAGCAGGCUCUGGCUCCUCCGCGACAUCACGGGCCUCAAGAAACGCUGGCCGUACUACUUUAUCAUGGUGGCCGACCCGAUCCUGCGCUUCUCCUGGAUCUUUUACGCCAUCUUCACCCACAACACGCAGCACUCCACCAUCGUCUCCUUCCUCGUCGCCCUCUCCGAAGUCUCGCGCCGCGGCAUGUGGACCCUCCUGCGCGUCGAGAACGAGCACUGCGCCAACGUCGCCCAGUACAAGGCCUCGCGCGACGUGCCGCUGCCCUACCCCAUCGAGCCGCGCGUCUCGCAGCGGUUUCCCGGGGUCGCGGAGGAGGGCGGCGGCGGAAAGGACGACGACGUCGCCGAGACGACGGGCGAGGCGCGGCUCGACGCGGCGGCGGCGGCGGCGGCCGGUGCGAGCGGCACCACGACGGCGCGGCCGACGACGGACCAGAGGACGGAGGAGGAGGGCACGCUGCGGCGCAGGAGGCGGAGCGGGAUCUUGCCGCUGCAGCGGAGCUUCUCCAAGAUCAUCGCCGAGGCGCACAGGCAGGAUUUCGAAAAGAGGAGGAAGCCGGUCGACACCGACGCGGAGAAGCACGAGGAGGCUGGCGGCAUGGCGAGCGACGACGACGACGAAGACGACGACGACGAAGACGACGGCGGCCACCACGAGGUGCCGUCGGGCGGGUCGGACGACGAGGAGGCGAAUUCCAUGGAGAUCCGCGAGGCGCAUAGUCUGGUCCACGAGCACGGGGACGGGAGUCCGGUGCGCCGGUAAUGGUAAUCAGUAGAUAUUACUUAUAUCACGAGAUGACGGGUUUUUGGGGGUUGUUUUUUUUGAUAAAUCGUGGCAAUUCUUGUGCAAAAAGAAAUUUGUGUUUGGAUAGAAAUCGUGCCACAUGUUCCAUAACAUGCAAUAUGCGUGAUCCGCAAUGAAGAAGCGUCUAAAUCGUGCUGGUACAUGAUUAUCUACAAGCAGUCGUAAUUCAUACUACGUCCCAACACCCUACUGUGCGCCGCGCUUGAACCACCGUCUCUCUCUCUCUCUCUCUCUCUCUCUCUCACCCUCUCGAUUUCUCCAUGUAUCCCCCCGUCCCCCCCCC